UCGUGAAUUCAUGGCGUGUUUUGUGUUUUCCAAUUACCGUAAAUCUUCUAAUGCACGUGUGCUUCUGUUUUUCAAUCCUGUGCUUCUAUUAGAGACUGCUUGCUUUUGUUUUUCAACCUUAAGUACACUCAUAAAUCUUCAGUGGACAAAAGCCGAAAUACAGAAUAGGAAACGUGUGAAAAAAUGUGAAACCCCCGUACCCCGACAUGCCCACCCCGAGCGUUCACGGUACAAUCCUAUUUUCACAAAAUUUUUGAGAAAUAAUGCUUUAUUGACGAAAUGUUCAUUGACGCAAAGUUUAUUGACGAAAGGUACAACCACCUUAAAUUACCGCGAUAAAAUGCAAACAAAAUGCCAACCAAUUAUUUUUCAAUUUGCAUAA